AUUGGAGGUUUGAAAGGAGAUAGAAUUGGAAAAUGAAGCCUCUUAGAAAGGAAAAUUAGGCAAUACAGAGUGUAAAAAGCAACUCAGUCUACAAUAAAAAAAUCAACAUCUAGAAGGAUGACGCCAUUUCGUAAUGGAGGGGGUUGCCAUGGACCAAAGACUUGUUAACCCUAAGUUGCUUCACCAACACGAGGCUCCCAGCUUCUCACUAUAUAAAUUUGCUUCCCGUGCUCUUCCCACACAUCCACACCUAUCUGCAAAUCUCUUGGGUUUAACCCUCUUCUUCAUCUUCCUUUUCUAAGCAAGCAUGGGUGUCCACACAUUUACCCAGGAGAUCACCACCCCCAUUGCUCCGGCUAGAAUGUUCAAGGCCUUGAUCGUAGACUCCCACAACCUCGUCCCAAAGCUCAUGCCCUCCAUCAAGAGCAUCGAGUUUGUUGAAGGCGAUGGCGGCGUUGGCAGCAUCAAGCAAACCAACUUUCCCGAAGGGAGUCACUUCAAGUACUUGAAGCACAGGAUCGACGCCAUAGACCACAAUAACUACUCAUGCAAGUACACUUUGAUCGAAGGAGAUGUGUUGGGUGACACCCUGGAGUCCAUCUCAUACGAGGUAAAGUUCGAGGCAUCGGGCUCAGGGUCUGUGUGCAAGAUGACCAGCCAUUAUCACUCAAAGAUUGAGUUCAAGGACGAGGACAUCAAGGCCGGUAAAGACAAGGCCAUGGGGAUGUACAAGGUUGUGGAAGAGUACCUCCUCGCCAACCCAGAUGCCUAUGCCUAAAUUAUGAGUGUAUGGUUGAUCUUAUUUGUUAUCAUACAUGUUGGUGUGGCUUUUUCAUUUUUUUUUCAUUUCUUUUUUGGUGGACAAAAUUGCUCAUGGUUUGGUAAUAAGAACCACUUUGCUCUUGGGUUAGUUGGGUGGAUAUUGGCUUGAUUGAUUAUAAGUAAAAGGUUUGUCACAGACUUAUAAUCAAUACUUGUGUUGAAA